UCACCCUCACCCUCCGAAUCCCUCUUCUUCCCCUUCUCUCUUUCUCUUUCUUUCUUUCUUCUUCUUUCUUUCUUUCUUGCCCUGGGAUAGGCUGGGUUCAGUGGAAACCCAGCCUUGCUGGGUUCGUCAACCAACCAAGGCUGGGUUCGUCAACCAGCCAAGGCUGGGUUCAUCGGAACCCAGCAGAUCUGGGUUUCGACGAACCCAGCAAGGCUGGGUUCGGUUGAAACCCAGCAAUGCUAGGUUCGUCGACCAGCCAAGGCUGGGUUCGUCGGAACCCGGCAGAUCUGGGUUUUGAUGAACCCAGCUGCUGGGUUUCGUCGAACCCAGCAAGGCUGGGUUUCAACGAACCCAGCAAGGCUGGGUUUCGUCGAACCCAGCAAGGCUGGGUUUCAACGAACCCAGCAAGGCUGGGUUUCGUCGAACCCAGCAAGGCUGGGUUUCAACGAACCCAGCAAGGCUGGGUUUCAACCGAACCCAGCUUUGCUGGGAAAGCUGGGUUUGAGGUUUCAAUGAAACCCAGUAGCUCAAGUUUCCCCGAGAAAAGAGAAGAAGAAAUGGGUGGGUUAAGAUCGGUUUUGUAGAUGGAGUGGAGAUGAGAGAGCAUUCACGAAAGAAUAAGAAAUGGGUUAAGAUCGAUUUUACAGAUGGAGUGGAGACGAGAGAGCAUUCAGAGAAUAAAAAGAAAUGGGUUAA